AUUGUAUUUUAACGUUUAAUUUACUUAUUCAGCUCUUAAACCCUCUUCCGAGUUCUCAAUCCUCGGCUCCAUUACUAAACCCUUCUUCCCCACGAGAAAUUACCCACUCCAGUCUCUCCGCCGCUCUUCUCUGUCCUCUACACCGUCCUUCUUCUUUUCUCAGAAUCUUCCCCCAAAAGAAGAAGAACCCAAAACAAUGGCGGCGACUUUCACUCAGCCCCACGCCCACGGCCGCCUCUUCUCCACCUCCCCCGUCGCCAAACCCACAAGAAAGCUCCGUUCCCCGUUCACGGUCCGCAUGUCCCUUCAAGAAAACGGCCCUUCCGUCGCCGUAGUUGGAGUCACCGGCGCAGUCGGACAGGAGUUUCUCUCCGUCCUCACGGAUAGGGAUUUCCCUUACCGCUCAAUCAAAAUGCUCGCUUCCAAGCGCUCCGCCGGGAAGCAGAUGACUUUCGAGGGCAGGAACUACACGGUGGAGGAGCUGACCGCCGAUAGCUUUGACGGGGUCGACAUCGCCCUGUUCAGCGCCGGUGGGUCUAUUAGCAAGCAGUUUGGGCCGGCGGCGGUGGAGAAGGGUACCAUUGUGGUGGAUAACAGCUCCGCGUUUAGGAUGGUGGAUGGGGUUCCUUUGGUGAUUCCUGAGGUCAAUCCCCAGGCAAUGCAAGGGAUUAAGGUUGGGAUGGGGAAAGGGGCUUUGAUUGCUAACCCCAAUUGCUCUACCAUUAUUUGUUUGAUGGCUGCCACUCCAUUGCAUCAACGUGCCAAGGUGCUACGCAUGGUUGUCAGUACAUAUCAGGCAGCCAGUGGUGCUGGUGCUGCUGCCAUGGAAGAGCUUGAACUCCAGACUCGUGAGGUGUUGGAAGGAAAGCCGCCAACCUGUAACAUAUUUAGCCAACAGUAUGCUUUUAAUUUGUUUUCACAUAAUGCACCAGUUCAACCGAAUGGAUACAAUGAAGAAGAAAUGAAAUUAGUAAAAGAGACCAGGAAAAUCUGGAGCGACUUGGAUGUGAAGGUCACUGCUACCUGUAUAAGAGUCCCCGUCAUGCGCGCACAUGCUGAGAGUGUCAAUCUCCAGUUCGAGAAGCCACUUGAUGAGGAUACAGCCAGGGAGAUUCUGAAGAAUGCACCAGGUGUGGUGGUGAUCGACGACCGUGCAUCCAACCAUUUCCCAACGCCCCUGGAAGUGUCGAACAAAGACGACGUUGCGGUUGGCAGAAUCCGGCAAGAUCUGUCUCAAGAAGGGAAUCACGGGUUGGACAUCUUCGUUUGUGGGGAUCAAAUACGUAAGGGAGCUGCCCUGAAUGCCAUUCAGAUUGCAGAGAUGCUGCUAUAGUUUCUGCGAGAGUGGCUUCUGUUUUUCACUUUGGUUGAGUUGUUGUUCUUCGAUUGGUGAGGUAUUCAAGCUGUGUAAUAUUACCGGCCCCGAAAUCUUCCAUUUUGUUUAGUUCUUUGGAACUGGUAUCCAGGGUUAUUAGUUCGUUGCUCAUUGGUGUUUUAUGAUAUGAUUUUUAGAAUGGUAAAAUAUGAAUAUGACUUUAGUAGUAAUGUUGUCUUAACUCUUAGCUCAAAGAUACAAAUUAACAAUGGGAGAAAAAAUAGCGCAUCAUCAAUUUGGUUGUUCUUGCUGCUGCUGCUGCUGCAGCAGCCUAUCGACCUUGAUUGAAUGUAAGCGCUUAACC